CGUCUCCGCAUGUCUGCCUGGCUUCGACCUCUCACGAACUCUCGUAUCUGCCUCGUCAGCAACCUCGAAUCAAUCAACCCUUUGUCACCGCACUCUAGCGCGCGUCAGCUUCUCGUCACACAUACCGAGGCCCUGCCUGAUCCGUUCGAAAAUUAACGCUGAGGCAACCCUGCGUACUCCAGCGCUCGACCAGCCCGCAAUCACGGCGCAUUAGCACGAACUGUCACCGCCUCCUCGCCUACGCUUGACCAGCCGUCGGUAGCAAGUCAACAACAGCAGAUCAGAUAUAAGGCCUGACCACGGCCCGCCAACUUUCUUGUCCUCACCUUUCUCUACGACAAGCACUUGGACAAGAAGUACCCGCAGGCCGGACUCAGUCAU